CAUGCAUGGUCGGCCAUCAGCCAGGGACCUGCCCUGAGGAUUCUGCAACCACAUGUUGCGUACCGGCGUAAUAGAAUGAGCUACGGAAUAUGCGUUCAUCGCAAAUUCAUGGAUUACCACGACUUCAACCUCGAGCGCCUGGAUCCCGAGGUGCGAAAUAACCUCAAAACUAAUAAAUCACUUCGAAAGGGCUUUGUGAAUAUUAUAAAAAUCGCUGUGGAGUGUUUUGAGGCGAAAAGAGUUCCCACCGCGGAAAAUUUGGCGUGGUUCUGUAUUGAAGCGCGCUGCACUGAGAGCAAGAUGCGUUUGAGAUUCAAGGCAUCAAAUUUACCCUGCCGGUUCCAUUCUACUUCUCGACAACAUCAUCAUCGGGAGAUACUCCACUGAUUCUGCA